CAACCUCCACCACCGCCACCACCACAAACUGCCCUCAAACACAUUGCCUUCUGCAUUGCCGCCUCCGCCAACUUAUGGGAGUCGAGAAAGGAAUACAUCAAGCUAUGGUGGCGGCCGGGGGAGACCAGAGGUGCCGUGUGGCUCGAACAGCAAGUGGAGAUCAACUACGAAGAAAACCUACCCGAAAUCCACAUCUCAGAAGACACUUCAAGAUUCCCCUACACAAACCACCAGGGCCAUCGGUCGGCAAUCCGGAUAUCGAGGAUAGUUUCCGAGGCACUGCGGCUGGGACUGGCGGAUGUGCGGUGGUUUGUGAUGGGAGACGAUGAUACAGUUUUUGUCGUGGAGAAUGUGGUUAGGGUUUUGUCGAAAUAUGAUCAUAAUCAGUUUUAUUAUAUCGGGAGUUCCUCGGAAAGCCAUCUUCAGAACAUUUUCUUUUCGUAUUCGAUGGCGUAUGGCGGUGGCGGGUUCGCCAUCAGUUAUCCGUUGGCCAUGGAGCUGGAGAAGAUGCAAGAUCGGUGUAUUAAGAGGUACCCUGGUUUGUACGGAAGUGAUGAUAGAAUGCAAGCUUGCAUGGCUGAACUUAACGUCCCACUCACCAAAGAACCAGGGUUUCAUCAGAACGAUAUCUAUGGAAACCUCUUGGGUCUCCUAUCAGGCCAUCCCGUAACUCCAUUGGUCUCACUCCAUCACUUCGACAUCAUCGAUCCGAUCUUCCCGGGAAUGGAAAGAGUCGAAGCCCUCAAACACUUGCUCGAGUCCGCCAAAUAUGAUUCCGCUAGUAUCAUCCAACAAUCCAUCUGUUACGACAAGAAACGAGAAUGGUCUGUUUUGGUAUCGUGGGGUUUCGCGAUCCAAAUCAUGAGGGGAAUUAUCUCUCCACGAGAACUCGAGUCUCCCACUCGAACGUUCAUCAACUGGUACAAAGUGCUCGAUUUCACGGCCUACGCAUUCAACACUCGGCCUGUCGCCGGACACCCAUGCCAACAACCGUUCGUGUUUUACAUUAAUUCCACUCAGUACGACAAAGCUAGGCAUCAAAUCAUCGGGAUUUAUACGUAUCAUGAUGAUCCUAGCCCUCCGUGCCCCUGGGGGAUCGAAUCUCCGGAAGAAAUCCAUACGAUUGUCGUCCUGAAGCAUGAAGACCGGGAUCGAUGGCAAAAGGCACCAAGAAAGGAUUGUUGUAGAGUUGUACCUUCAAGUAAGGAAGGAAUCAUGUACUUGUGGGUUGGUCAUUGUGGACAAAAUGAGAUUAUUGAGAAAGAGAGUAUUUGA